AUGAGCGAGAACAGCCACUUUCCAUGCUCUGCCCCAGACCGCCAAGAGCUGGCCUGCAGCGAUGGGGACGAGCAGCUCAGCCAGCCUCCGGAGCCUGCCAGCGGGAGAGCCAGCCCCCGGGAUGAUGCUCAACCCUCCCGAGGAGCGGAGGGGGAGUGCGGGGGCCAGGGGAACAAACAUCUGGAAGUGAAGGCGGAGCUGGGCGAGAGGCAGGGUGAACGGGGACUGGGGACAGACGCUGGCAGCAAGAGUGGCCACGAGGACGAUCCGUUGUUGGGGAACGGCGUGGAUGCAGAGCUGGCUGCAGGGCAGGAGCAGGCGCCGCUGCAGCAGCAGGACAGUGACGUGCCCAGCCGAAGCAGCACGGAUUCGGAGGAGAGGGGCUCUCCCACCCAGGAAAUACCUAGUGAGGCCCUCAGCAAUGAGUGGUGUCACAGCAUCUUGGGCUCCUCAGAAGCUCUAAGUGCAGACGAGCCUGAGGAGCUGCUCGGGUUUGCUUCUGGAGAUGCCAAGCUGAGCUACAGUGAGGAUGACAAGGAACAUUUUCAAUUCAAAGACAUCAGGGAUGGGUUCAGCUCGACCUUUGAGAAGAUCGUUGAGUCUGACCUUAUGAAGGGUACAUACUACAGCAGCUUGGACUCUUUGGAUGUCCUCUCUCUCACAGACGAGACAGACAGCUGUGUCAGUUUUGAGGCCCCACUCACCCCAUUGAUACAGCAAAGGGUCAAGGAAAGCCCAGAGCUCUUGGAGCAGAAACUGGUAGCCCAUCAGAGAGAAGCCCUUCACCACAUGGCUGCUGAUAAGCAAGAGCAGGCAUCAGCAAAGCCAGCAGAGGUGGAUUUUGGGAGCCCUCUCAGGCACUCAAUUACCAGCAGCAGGUCAGAGAAUGUGCUGAGUCGGUUGUCCUUGAAGAGUAUCCCAAAUGGGUUCCACGUGGAAGGGUCAGAGGAAGAUGCCACCAAGAUCAUUAACUCCAUCAGUGACGCCAGCUUGAAAGACGCACUGUCAGACUCCGACUCUGACAUGGGCAGCACGGAGCAGCUUGACCAGGGCAGCACAGACACCUUGGCGAACGGCUGCAGGGCGGAUAGUGAGGCUGCCAAGAGGCUGGCCAAGCGCCUUUACAACCUCGAAGGGUUCAAGCGCUGUGAUGUGGCACGCCAGCUCGGGAAAAAUAACGAAUUUAGCAAGUUGGUAGCAGAGGAGUAUCUCAGCUUCUUUGACUUCACUGGCCUGACCCUUGACAAAGCACUCAGGACAUUCUUGAAAGCAUUCCCGCUGAUGGGAGAGACACAAGAGCGGGAGCGGGUGCUGAUUCAUUUCUCCCGGCGAUAUUGCCAGUGCAACCCAGAGGAGAGCACAUCUGAAGAUGGGAUUCAUACACUCACCUGUGCCCUGAUGCUGCUAAAUACAGACCUUCACGGCCACAAUAUUGGCAAAAAGAUGUCAUGUCAACAGUUCAUAGCAAACCUGGAUGGGCUGAAUGAUGGGAAGGACUUUGCAAAGGAUUUGCUGAAGACACUAUAUAACUCCAUCAAGAAUGAGAAGCUGGAGUGGGCCAUUGAUGAGGACGAGUUGAGGAAAUCACUCUCGGAGCUGGUAGAUGACAAAUUCGGAGCCAGUGCGAAGAAAGUCACAAGGAUUGUUGACAGCAGCAACCCCUUCCUGGACAUCCCCCAAGCGCUGAAUGCAGUCACCUACAAGCACGGUGUCCUCACGCGUAAAACCCAUGCAGACAUGGAUGGGAAGAGAACUCCCAGAGGAAGAAGAGGUUGGAAGAAGUUUUAUGCUGUGCUUAAAGGGACCAUCCUUUAUUUACAAAAGGAUGAAUAUAAACCGGACAAAGACCUCUCUGAAGUGGAUUUGAAAAAUGCCAUCCGUGUGCACCACGCCUUAGCCACGAAAGCCUCUGACUACAGCAAGAAGUCCAACGUGCUCAAGCUGAAGACAGCUGACUGGAGAGUCUUCCUCUUCCAGGCCCCAAGUAAGGAAGAAAUGCUCUCCUGGAUCCUGCGAAUCAACCUUGUUGCUGCUAUUUUCUCUGCCCCAGCCUUCCCAGCUGCAAUCUGCUCCAUGAAGAAGUUCUGCCGUCCGCUCCUGCCUUCGUCCAUGACAAAGUUGUGCCAGGAGGAACAGCUGAGGUCUCAUGAAAAUAAAAUGAAGCAGAUUGCAGACGAAUUAGCAGAGCAUAAAUUACAUCCUGUAGAGAAGAGUCUCAAGUCAAAAGAGGCUGAGGAGUACAGACUUAAAGAACAUUACCUAAUAUUUGAGAAAAGCCGCUAUGAGACAUACAUCAACCUGCUGUGCAUGAAGAUAAAAGUUGGGACAGAUGACCUGGAGAGAAUUGAAACCAGUUUCUUCAAGGUGGAAGCUGACGACAUUGCUUUGCGGAAGACACAUUCAAGUCCAUCCUUGAGCCAAGGGCACGUGUCCAUCAGCUGUAAGGCAGAAAAGGACAUUUUAGAGCAGAACACUUAA